AUGGAGACAGAAAGGCCAGUCCAUGAUGAAGAAGUACGGCCGAAGGAGUCCAACGGAGAGGUGAAGUUGGAAAAUGCCUCUUCCUCUGUGGAGCAGGAAUCGCAGGCGCAGCCGCAGCAACAAUGGCUUGGGGUCGUGGGGCAGCAUUCCAAUGCUCCUUACAGUAAUACUGCCUUCAUUCGCAAGCUCUACGCGAUGCUGGAGGACAGGGAAAUGCGAGAGCUAAUCUGGUGGUCACCGUCAGAAACGUCAUUCUUAAUCAGACCAAACGAAAAGUUUAGUAAAGCGCUGGCAGCUUAUUUCAAGCAUUCCAAUGUCUCUAGCUUCGUGAGGCAGUUGAACAUGUAUGGAUUUCAUAAAGUCAAUGAUCACACGGGGUCUCGCCCUGCUGCCUCUACUAAAGAGAACGAGGGUGGAGAGUCGAUGCCAGGAGUAGCCAAUGCCGACGACGCUGAUGCUGUGAAUUUGUGGGAAUUCAAGCAUAGUUCUGGGGUUUUCCGCAGAGGAGACAUGGAGAGCUUAAAACUCAUCAAAAGAAGGCAUUCGAGAAACCACAAUAGUGCUCGUAAAAGCUCGUUGAGUACUGCCUCAACACCGGGAGAAAACAACGAAAGGGCAUCCAACGAGAUCUGGAACGAUCAGGCGACGUCGAAACAGAAUGCUAAUUACGAUGUACCGCAAAGUCAUCCCAUCAAGUUGGGACCAAGUACGCAUCCUAUACCGACGCCAGGCUCCGGUGUUUUUUACGCACCUCCCACAGCGGACAUGCAUGAUGUUCACCACCAGAUGUCGACUGCGCAUGUUGCCAACGUUCCUGCAAAUAUGGUGGAUAAUUAUGCGCUUCAAUUAAGAUAUGAGCACACUGUGGAAGACAUUCGUCAUAUGAAUAUGGACAUGAUUAGGGUCAUUGAUCUUGUGCAUAAUGUUUUUACGGCUCAAAACCAACCAGAUGUUAGCCAGAAUAAAGGAGAUCAUUCAAGUAAGUCAGAUGAGCAAAGCGUUCCGCAUCCAAGAAAUAAGGAUUCUACUGGAGCAUCACGGCAAUCUAGCGAUCCCCAUGAUCAGCGCUGUGACCAAUUGAUAGCAGAAAUUACUAAAGUGAAGAAUAGCAUAUUAACCCGAAUGCGUAAAUCAUUUGGCGUCCCACCACCACACCGCUACUCACAACCAGUGACUCAAGAUGUCGCUGGGCCUCAUCCAUAUCCUCUUUAUAUGCCCGGCCGCUAUUCUGUCCCUGAGCCUCCAACUACCAACCGGGGAGUUGUUGCUUCCCAUUCCAUCGGAGGCUCGCAGCCCAAUCUUGCCGGCGUACCGCAUCCUUUAAUGACCUCGUCAGUACAUCCCCCAGUGGCUUAUACAAAUAAUACUCAGACGGAUUACUUUUCGAGCGGCAAUCCUGUCAUGCCAGGUAUGCCACCUCCCUAUCUGAUGAUGAAUCCUUUCGAGCAAAAAACUUCUAACUCUGCGAAGAAUAGAAAUAUGAGCGUUCUGAUGGAUCCGUUAGCGCCAGCACCUCUCCUACAAGCAGCUUCCGUCGUUUCUGGAGCGCCUUCCCCAACAUUGAAUGAGCAACACAGACAGCAACAAAUGUAUCAGCAUAUUAAUCAAAACGCCCAUCAGAAUUUUUCUGGUAGCGGCGCCUCGCAUGCUAUUCCUAGACACUCCAGGCAAGAUAGUCGUGCUGAUGUUAGAAUGGCGUCAGGGCCGGGAAUUGAAACAAGGUCCGAAAUCAAAAUGUCAGAGAAACGUCCAUUGUCGCCAUCUUACUCCAAUCGCAUGAUGAGCUCUUCCCCUGGGAGAGGACAUGCUAGGGCGCAUUCUAGUUCAGUAGCAUACAAAUCCAUGCCCAUGUAUGGCCCUGUAGCAGCCACUGGAGCUCCCACACCCGCUCUAGCACAUGGCCAAUAUCCAUUGAUGGCUCCUCAGGGUUUGGUUCCACAUCACUCUGUGGUACAGCACCAGAUAGGAAUGAGGACUGUGGCUUAUCCGCCCCAAAGGGGCCCCUCUCCCCUGAAUCCAGCUGUUUCUGAACAUGCUGAAGCUCAGAAGAUCGGGAGACCUACGCCAGUCAAUCUUGCAGAACAGGAAGAUCCUCCGCCAAAACGUCGGGAUGAUCGCGUAGGGAGCUCUUCCAGUCUGCACACACUUCUCAAUAAUGAGAUCAACGAGCCGCGCACGAAAAAGACAAAGUCUUGA